AGAUGAGAAAACCGUUUGACCCUUGCGACAUCCUUAUCGCGGUGAUGCCCGCACUCUCUGACCGAAAAUAAGCGUCCAGUUGUAAAUUCGCGAUCGUUCAUGCAACAUGCAGAGAUUGCCGAUCUGUCUGAUUGUUUUUGCAUGCCUUGGUGCCGGCACCUGGGCAAUUGACGGUGUCAAAGGUGGUCAUCGGCCGCGUUACCCUGCGAAUUAUCAGGGCAGCACCAACUCCUCGCAAAAUGGCCUUUGUUACAAACGAGUGCCAUACAGUCAUGUUUCAAACUCCAGUGGAUCACCAUACAAUACCAUUCCCCAUCCACCCGACGGUAGUCCCCAGAGCGACGGUUGGAUUACUAUCUUGGACUGUUGCGACGGCUACGAGCGUAACGUGACGAGCAGCCUGUGCGAGCCGCGAUGCGAACACGGCUGCUUCGGGGGCCGUUGCACGGCCCCGAACGUGUGCAGCUGCCCGCAGGGGUGGCGUCCCGACGGAGGCGUCUGCAUGCCCGUCUGCUCGUACCGGUGCCAAGAGAACGCGUACUGUUUCUCGCCCGAGGUGUGCAUGUGCAAGCUAGGCUACGACGAGAUCGAGGGUCGUUGCAGGCCGAUCUGCCCCGACGGAUGCGGGAACGGCGAGUGCGUGGCGCCGCGCGUCUGCAGCUGCAGACCGGGAUACGUUCAGAACGAGCACAAGGAGUGCGUACCCGCGUGCGAGGGCGGCUGCGUGCACGGCGUUUGCAGCGGCCCGGGCGUGUGCACCUGCAACGAUGGGUACACCAACCCUCCCAACGACCGCGAGUCCUGCGUGCCCCAUUGCUCGGCCGGUUGUCACAACGGCGAGUGCGUCUCGCCGAACGUUUGCAGAUGCAGGAACGGUUUCACACACGAUCGUACCGGGACUUGCGUGCCCGAUUGCCCGGGUGGUUGCGACGGGGGCGAGUGCGUGGCGCCUGGUGUUUGCAGCUGCAGACCCGGGUACACGCGAGACCGUUACAGCGGCAGAUGCGUCCCGAGUACCCCGGGUCCGUCCCAGUGCGGAUACGGAUACGCGAUUGACCCCGACACCGGUAGAUGUGUCCCCGCGACAACGCCCCCGACAUCACAACCCGUAGGCGAUUGUAGAUACGGCUGCGGUCCGCACAGCGUGUGCAUCGGUCACAACCGGUGCGCCUGCGAACCGGGUUUCAACAUUGAUCUCGAAACCGGCAGAUGCAUCGCGACACCCGCGAUCAACGCGACGCAAUGCGGCAGAUACGGCUGCGGGCCGAACGGCCGAUGCGUCGGCCUGAACAUGUGCGUCUGCGAACCGGGAUUCCGCAUCGAUCCCGACACCGGUAGAUGCGUUCGACACGACGUGAGUGGCGCGGGUAGCGACGACAUGUGCCAGCAUCCGUGCCUGAAUGGCCGGUGCACCGGGCCGGAUCAGUGCACCUGCAAUCACGGGUACACGUACGACGUCCGCGACGUUACGCGUUCCAGGUGCGUGCCGGUGUGCGUGGGUGGAUGUCCGAACGGCACGUGCACCAUGCCGAACUUUUGCAUAUGCAAUCCCGGAUAUCGGAAGGAAGGUGUCAAGGGUCGUCAGAGAUGUGUCCCGCAAGAGAUGAAAUUUUUAUACACUUUAUUUAUUCUUAUCGUUUUACAAAAUGGAUUGGUUACUACGGAAUAUGAGCAAUUCAGACUACAAUUUCCAGAGCAGUCUACGGGAAACUGUAGCAAAAUCGUUAGUUUCACAGAGAUAGAAAAAGUUCCAUAUUUGGAAACGUAUAAGGAAAGAACAUGGGGUAUUUUUUAUAAAACCCGCACUCGAUGGAAUUUUAGAAUUGAGUUUCACAAAUCAUUUCGCAAAGAAUACGAAUGUUGUAUCGGAUAUAAAUACACGCAGCGAUGGAAUAAGUAUGGAAAAUAUGCAACGUGUGAUCCAAUUUGUCUACCUAAUUGUGGAAACGGUACAUGUAUAAGUCCUAACGUAUGCAAUUGCGACUACGGAUACUCCACAAAGAAAAUUGUAACAGGCUCUACAGAGUUUGACAGCUUCACCUGUGCUCCUGUGUGUAAUCACUCUUGUAUAAAUGGCAAAUGCGUCGCACCCGAAACUUGCAUGUGUGAUUCUGGAUAUGAACUGAGCGAGGAUCAUUACACUUGUAAACCUGUCUGCAAUGUGUCGUGCUCUACAGGAUCAUUUUGCUCUAAACCUAAUCAAUGUCUCUGUCUGCCGGGAUACGAAAUGAAAGCGCCGAGUCCUGUUGAUGACAGUGAUAACAAGUCGCCGGUUCAAGGAAAAAUACGCAAUGUAUUCACAGAAGAAAAUAUUGCUACCUUAAAAGGAAUUACUAUGUGUCAGCCUAUUUGUGAAAAAGAGUGUAUUCACGGCAAAUGCACAGCCCCCAAUCUCUGCACUUGUAAUGACGGUUAUCAGCCUGAUCCAAACGACUUAUUCACUUGCAACCCCAAGUGCGAGCACGAUUGUCUCUUCGGCAGAUGCACUGCGCCCAAUGUGUGUACUUGCAACGAGGGCUACUCGUUAAAGACUCCCAGUGUUUGCGAGCCAAUCUGCAGCAAAGCCUGCAUUAUGGGCACUUGCGUGGCUCCUGAGAGCUGCACCUGCUUCGCAGGUUACGGACUAUUAGAAAGUUCGAAGUAUAUCUGCGAGCCGGUUUGCGAGAAAGCUUGCCUCAAUGGACAAUGCACUGCACCUGGCAUAUGCACAUGCAACGAAGGAUUUCGAUUGAGUGGUGACGAGACAGAGAAGCACAUUUGCAAGCCUCACUGCAAAGUUCCUUGCGAACCGUUUGGCACGUGCACCGCACCGGGUAUUUGCACCUGCUUCGAAGGAUAUCGCUUGGCUGAUAAAACGCAACCCAAGAAAAUCAGCUCGGAAUAUUUUGCCGACAGUUCAGUUUGCGAGCCGAUCUGCUAUCAUGAGUGCACGAAUGGAUUCUGCAGCGCUCCGAACAUAUGCACUUGCAACCCUGGCUAUCAUCUAUCAGGAUUUAUCGAUAACAUAAUACUGUGCGACCCCACAUGUAGCCAGAUCUGCUUCAACAGCAUCUGCAGCGCACCUGAAACUUGCCGAUGUAACGACGGCUAUCGUCCGUCCAAUUCCUCGUACAUAUGCGAACCCUUCUGCGAAACUGAUUGCGUCAACGGACAUUGCACCGCGCCAAACAAAUGCACCUGCAACUCCGGCUAUCAAUUUGCUGAGAACAAUCGAAGCUCCUGCGAACCCAUUUGUAACCCGAGUUGCAAGAACGCCGUUUGCGUGCAGCCCGACGUAUGCAGCUGCAAUCCAGGCUAUCGUCGAUCGACAAGUUUUGAGGCCAACGUAUGCGAGCCUGUCUGUCACCAGGCCUGCGAAAAAACAAACGGAAUCUGCGAGGCGCCCGAUCACUGCGUCUGCAAGGCCGGUUAUCGCAUGGUUCAUUACGACGACGGAGGAAACGUCCCCUUCGGAUGUGAGCCGGUCUGCGGCGUCGAAUGCGGCAAUGGCACGUGCACCGCGCCGGAUAUUUGCGCGUGUUUUGACGGCUAUCAAAACGCGAAGAUCGGCGGAUGCGAGCCGGUCUGCUCGACCUGCAGCAACGGCACGUGCGUCGCACCCGAGGUCUGCGAGUGCGACGACGGGUUCGUCCCCGCGAUCGUAAAUCUCGGACUUGGAGCACAGAAGUCUUCACUUGCGUUUGCCCCUGGGAACGAAACGAGAAACGGCAGCAGAUGCGUGCCGCAUUGCGAGAAUUGCGAGAACGGCGAAUGCGAGGCGCCAGGAGAGUGCCGAUGUCAUGCCGGCUUCGUGAGGAUCGAGAAUACCUGCGUGCACGCGUGCCAGGGUGGCUGCGGUGCUCACGGCGAGUGCGUCGAGGCGCGCAGGACUUGCGAGUGUAAUUAUGGAUGGGCUGGACGACACUGCGAUCGACCGACUUUGUGCAUCUUGAUUUUGAACGACGGAGGAAAUCAUACCGAGCAAUUAACAAUUAUCGAGGAACAAAAUGCUACGAUUGAGCAUGUAUUUAUGAAUAAUCCAGCGUGUUUCGAGUGUAAUAAUAAAGUAAACAAUGAAUCUUUGUGCUUUAAAAUGUUUGUCAAUGGUACAAAGGAUGAGAUGCAAAUUGGUUGCUUGAUGAAUGAAGAAUGCCUCACAUUGAGCAGUCAAUAUACGAGUCAAAGAAAUAUGAUCAAAUUAACAAUUGGAAUCGCAAGUGGAACAUUACUUCUAGCAACAAUAACGAUAUAUCUGAUAUUACGAAAACGUCGAAAUAGACAGAUGGAUCUAGCCUUAGAAUUGAGCGAUAUCAACACUUUAAAACAAUCUUCCGUAUGCACAUAUGCAAGCUUUAAAGAACUUUCUGAUAAUACAAAACAACAAACCAUGGGAUUAUUAAAAUGUUUAAUCACUAUUUUGGUCAUCAAAAUACUAUUUUUAGAAGUGAACAUAAUGCAUGUGGAUGCAAUGCGAUCUAUUAAUAAGCUUCGAGGCUCUCCUAAAACGACGCCCUUUAAUGAUACAAAAUGCAGUGAGAAAAGCAGUUAUAAAGUACCACAAUACAUUCCUUAUACGGAAACAUAUCUAUCGCAGAAGUCAAACGGGAACUAUCACGUAGAAAAGAGACUAAAUUACAAGAUGCAGUGGGUAUGCUGCGAAGGCUACGUUCUAUCCGGUGCAACAUGCGUACCGCGUUGUCCGCGAUCCUGCGAAAAGGGUACCUGCAAGAAGCCGAACGUGUGCACCUGCAACGAAGGAUAUCGAAUGCCAAGCGACAACGGCAAGGGGCCAUGCGUGCCGGAAUGCACGAACGGCUGCGUCAACGGCACCUGUGUCGAUCCCGAGGUUUGCAGUUGCAACGAAGGCUACUGGCUGCACUCGGACGGAUACACUUGCCGGCCCGUCUGCGACCCGGAAUGCGAAAAGAAUCACGGAUUCUGUGUCGAGCCGAACGUGUGCGAGUGCAAACUGGGUUAUAGGAAGAGCCCUAACGGAUGCUACCCUGUCUGCUAUCACAAGUGCAAAAACGGCCGUUGCGUGGCCCCUAACAUCUGCCUGUGUGCAGACGGCUACGAAACGAACAAACACGAUCGGUACACCUGCAAACCCAAGUGCGACGAGCCGUGCGUUUUCGGGACGUGCACGGCGCCGGGGGUGUGCACCUGCAAUCAGGGUUACAAGGCGCUCGCGAACGCGAGCGUAUGCGAGCCGAUCUGUAGCGAGCCCUGCGUAAUGGGCACGUGCACAGCGCCGGAGAGCUGCAGCUGCAACGAGGGUUACGGAUACCGUGACGGCAGCUCCAAGUACAUAUGCGUGCCGAUCUGCGAGAUCGACUGCGGCAACGGCACGUGCACCGCGCCGGGACUGUGCACUUGCGAUAAGGGAUACGUUUACGACAAAACUAAUCGAGCAUGCAAGCCGCACUGCCCGGUGCCCUGUGGACCGAACGCGGAAUGCACGUCACCUGAUAAAUGCACUUGUGCCGAAGGGUAUCAGUCACUUCCACAUUCUAAUAUUAUUCGAAAUCUAUUAAAACAGGAUAUUCAUCUCAUUGCAUCAUCACUUCACGCAAUAACGGCAAGUACAUAUUAUAUUAUAUCUGGACAAUAAAAUAUAAAUGUUGUUAUUCAUUAUUGCAGAAUUCUCGAGACAAUAUCUAAGAUACAAUCACUGAGCAAAAAGAAGAUUUUAAAUUUUAUUAAAAAAAACGUUU